AUGAUCCUCGUGGAAACCCUCUCUGUCCUGUGUAAUUUGCUAUCAUUAGGACUGAUCAUCGUGGCGACGAUUACGCCGUAUUGGAAGAUCGACAAGUCCGACGAUUUGUUCAAAAACAUCUUUCCGGAUUACAACCAGGGCCUCUGGGUUAGGUGCAAUCAAGAGAUAAAGAGCGCAAAGUGGAUUUGCUCGGGAUUAGAAGAUGUGUACAAAGAAAUUCCUCUCGAGAUAAAGAUUUCACGAUUAUUUAUCAUCGUCUCCAUUUUAUCCCACUCUUUGGCAUUUCUGAGCGGAGUUUUUGGACUGAGAUGCAUCUCGAUCGGUGGACAUCGACCAGAUUUUAAAUACAGACUCAACAUUCUAUCGAUUCUGUUCCACAUGAUCGAUUUGCUGUCAGUACUGGCCUGUACAUUAUCAUUCACAAUUCCGCUUCUUCGGGACUACUACAAGCCCUCUCAAAAGCUUUCUCCCGUCUCAAUUUUGAAGGGAUCUUCUGUUUCAGUUCCCAGCUGGUGUAUAUAUUUUCUAGUAGCAUCUUUCUUCAUUAUAUUUAUAAAUAUCGUCCUUACGUGCCUCAUAACAGCCGAGUCCGCAAAGCCGAAUUCGCGCUUUUUCCAGGAAUGCGGGUACAAUUUAACAAUCAAGCAAAAUCAAUGGAGCAAUCAACUGCUGGAAAAUGGUCACGAACAGCGGCAUGAACGACCAGAAUGCGUGAGUGGAAAUCAUAUGUCUUACUCCUCAACUAGAAUUCAAGAAUACAUCUGA